ACGGUAUAGAAUUUCUUGUCACCUUCGUCUAUGCUAGUCCGAAUGCCAUGCACCGCCGUGGUCUUUGGCAGGAACUUCAGAAAUUAGCUAUGAAUAUCCACGAACCUUGGCUCUUAGGCGGUGACUUCAAUUGCAUUCUUCGACCAAGUGAACGAACGGGGGGAGCACCUACCCGGAGUCCUGUUAGCCAGGAGUUCUCAACAUGGCUCUUUAACAACACCAUUGAAGAGCUUCGCACGGAUGGUGUUCUGUAUACAUGGGAGCGGGGAGGCCUGAAACAGAAACUUGACCGAUUUGUGGCCAACUCAGCAUGGAUACUCACUUUUCACAAACCAUUUGUCCAACAUCUACCACGCAUCAACUCGGACCAUUUCCCGCUCCUUGUUCGUGUUCCGUCUGACCCUCGGCCUGUCCGUACACGGAAAAACUUCAAUUUUCUUGCAUCUUGGCUCCUUCAUGAUGGGUUUGCAGAGGUUGUUCGAGGAGCUUGGUCUGGUAAACCUUACACGGAAGCAAGCCGAUGCUUUCAAGAACGGGCCACCCACUGGAACUACCAUGUCUUUGGGAACAUCUUCCAACGUAAAAAACGCCUUUUACGACGUAUUGGCGGGGUCCAACGCGAACUCCAAAAAUAUACCACCCCUCGCUUGCAUUCAAUGGAAGAAAAAUUUCGUAAGGAACUUGCUGAGAUUGCUUUACAGGAGGAGCUCCUUAUGUUGCAAAAAUCACAGAGGGACUGGUCUUUGUUUGGCGACCGAAACACUUCUUUUUAUCACCGGGCAGUCAAGCAACGCAGAAGCCAGAACCGCAUCACCUUUCUUCGAGACGAUGAUGGUAGCAUGGUUGAGGAUCCUAGCUCUAUUCAACGACUGGCCCUUAACUUUUUCAGAAACGUUUAUUCCCACGACGAACCACUACAUGCAGGGCCAGGCAUGGCUAACUUCUUCCCGAAGCUCGAUAUGCGUUUCUUCGCAAUUAUGAAUAGGGAUGUGAGUGACUCGGAGAUCUUUCUCGCUCUCAAAGAUAUGAAGCCACUGAAGGCAUCGGGCCCCGAUGGCCUACAUGCCAUGUUCUUCCAAAGACAGUGGAAUACGGUGGGCUCGACUGUGUGUGAUAUGAUCCGCUCUUUUCUUAAUGGCGGUGACUUACCUGUGGGAUUAAACGAGACAUCUCUUGUGCUUAUACCAAAGGUCCAGAACCCUUCUUCUAUUCGGAAUUUUC